AUGGAGGACAACAUGGCACAUACAGAGCUCGGCACUUUGUUAGUACGAGCAUCGAAGAAAUUGUAUGAAGCUGUGGAUGAUGCUUAUUCAUUAGAUGAAUGGAAAACACAGAUGGUUUGUUUAAUUAAUGAAAUCGCUCAACUGAAAUUAUUGUGUUCGUCAACGACAACAAUACCACAACGUUGUAUGAAUACCACAUCUCUCGAUCCUGUCGACUGGUCAUCGGCCAAGAACGUCGCUCAUAAAACGUUGGAUGCCACUCUAAAUUGCAUUCAAACAAGACGUGAUAAACCAGUAUGGCAGCCUGUUCCAGAUGAUGUUCGAUCAGUUAUCAAUGACGAAUCACUGCCUGAGCACGGCCUAACACUCGCCAAAGUAUGUGAUGAUGUAUUGAAUUAUGUCCUACCGUAUGCAAGGGGUAAUACACAUCCUCGAUUUUGGGGAUGGGCGAUGGGUGAAGGUACGCUUGGUGGCAUAUUAGCUGAAAUGUUGGCAGCAACAAUAAAUAUAAAUGCUGGUGGAUGUACGCAUAGUGCAGUUCUUGUUGAGCGAAAGGUUAUUCAUUGGAUGCGGCAAAUAUUUGGUUUUCCUAAGGUAGAACAUGGCGGAAUAGUUGUUAGUGGAACAUCAAUGGCUACCAUUAUUGCUUUGGCAUCGGCACGUCGUCGAUUCCUGACGAAUGUCCGAGAAGAUGGUAUUGCUAAUGCGCCACGUUUGAUAGUUUAUGCAUCGACCGAAGUACACAUGUGUGUAAUCAAAGCAUUAGAACUGUUAGGUAUGGGAUCAAAGGCCAUACAUUUCAUUUCAGUUGAUCGUGACUUUCGUAUGAAUAUUGACGAGCUCAAAACAGCGAUUGAUGACGACCAAAAGAAUGGUUUUCUUCCAUUUUGUGUUAUCGGAAAUGCAGGUACGCAUGUAAGUCAAACUGGUUCUAUUCACUUUCGUUUGUUCAUUCCAGGAACAGUCAAUACGGGUGCUUUUGAUAAUCUUCUGGAGAUUGCAUCGAUUGCACGAACGCAAAAUCUGUGGUUUCACGUCGAUGGUGCUUUUGGUAGUUUGAUUAUACUCGAUCCACAGCGGCGCCAUUUAAUACAUGGUAUAGAACAGGCCGAUUCUUUGGCCUUUGAUUUUCAUAAAUGGCUUCAUUGUCCCUACGACGCUGGUUGUGUUCUCAUUCGGGAUGGAAAUGAUCUUCUAUCGACAUUUUCUGUUCAUCAGUCUUAUUUGGCAAAUACGGAGCGUGGUUGUGCUGGUGACAAACCUUGGUUUUGCGAUUUAGGAAGCGAAUUAUCACGUACAUUUCGUGCAUUAAAAGUAUGGUUUACAUUAAGAGAACAUGGGACGAUCAAAUUAGGCGAAAAAAUUGCUGACAAUUGUGAACAAGCGCAAUAUUUAGGUUCUUUAUUAGAAAAACAUGCAUCUCUCGUACGUGUCAUUCGCCCAAUAACAUUAAACAUCGUUAAUUUUCGGGUGGAACCCGAGGAAUUGGAUAGAUCUAACGAAGCUUUAAUAGAUGUAUUCAAUAAUGAACUUUUAAAUGAUAUUCAAAUAUCUGGUAUUGCAGUUGCAUCAACAACCCGUAUUCAUAGUCGACUUUACAUUCGUGUCUGCAUUAUCAGUCAUCGUACUGUUCUGGAAGAUUUCGACAUAUUUGUCAACAAUCUUUUUGCUAUGUGUCGUACUCGUCUACACAAUUUGAAUUCAUCUGUGAACUAA